AUGAAAGCUGACGCACAUUUUGCCUUGGCAGCCAACAACGAGGAGCCGCCUCUGAUAUGCUCCCUGGACGGGCACGAAAAAGUGCUGAGGUACCCAGAGCUCCUCUGCUCGCACAUCGUGUUCCUGUCGGCUGUGGUGUUGAGCGCCAGCGAGGUAAAGCCGGCCGAGGGAUUGGACGCCGGCUUCCGGCGAUUCAAGGAUCUCAGGAGGAUUUACGGUCGCGUGAAAAAGCUGUUGUCCUUCAACGUGGCCGAGAUUGACGCUUUCAGCAUGGAGGACAUACACAAGGCCUACCUCACGAUUGCCAGCGACUGGCUUGACGGCAUCGACAUCCGCUAUAUUAGCGGCAAUGAGCGGAAACUCAAUCUCUUCAAGGAUCUGCGCAAGCUGGCCGACGGCCAGGGCUAUAUCAUUCACGGCGUCUUCGACAGCGUCAAGAUGGACGCGAUGAAGGACUUCCAUAUCGCCACACUGCGGGUGUACAAGGAGCUGACGCCACCAGGUCCCUUCAAGGCUGUGUCGCCGCAGCAGACUGAAGACGUCGAGAAAGGCGUCAGUGCGUACGAGGCGGCGGUAGCUGGUGCCAAGCUAGAUACUUAUGGAAACCACUGCAUCGCCUUCACGCUGGCUGCCGUGCAGUACAACGGAGCGAAGGCACUGGGCGAUAACGCCGCAGACUUCGCUAAGGUGCCGUACUGCUCGGACGAAUAUGAGAGAAAAGGCUCCGCCAUGAAUCCAAAUGGCCAUUCUCAUUUUGUGCGGAACGAUAAAGCCGACUCACUGUUCGUAUUUGAGGUACCCGAAGAUUUUAAGAACAAGGUCAUGAAGAUCGGCCGUUUGCCGAAUGCUUGCCUAGUCAUCGAUGACGUCUACUACGAUAGGCACACGUGCACCUGCGACGAUACCAACUUUAAGCUGCUGAAGACCGCGCGCAGGGUGUUGUGGCAGAGCCUGAGAGGCUAACGUUGAGACGGAGCGGUUCAACUCUCAGAACUAUUGAAUGCCACCGAAUGCCACUAGCGCG